GUGCGCCGCGGCUUCCAGCCCCGCCCCCCCUCUGCAGAGUGCCAUCCGCCCCGCUGUCUCUGCGUCCCUUCCCUAGAGCCCUUCGGCAAUGCGGUCUCUGGGCGCAGCGCGAGCUGCGCGGGUCCUGGCCGCCCUGGCAGCGGCGGCCCUCUGCGGUCACCUCCAGCUAGGAGUGAGCGCCACCUUGAACUCGGUCCUAGUCAACUCCAACGCCAUCAAGAACUUGCCCCCGGCGCUGGGCGGCGCGGCGGGGCACCCGGGCUCCGCGGUCAGCGCGGCUCCGGGGCUUCUGUUCGAGGGAGGGAACAAGUACCAGACUAUCGACAACUAUCAGCCAUACCCCUGCGCCGAGGACGAGGAGUGCAGCACGGAGGAGUACUGCUCAAGCCCCACCCGUGGGCCGGGCGCCGGCGCACAGAUCUGUCUCGCCUGCAGGAAGCGCAGAAAGCGUUGCAUGCGUCACGCUAUGUGCUGCCCGGGGAACUACUGCAAAAACGGGAUAUGCAUGCCUUCCGAUCACAGUCAUUUCCACCGAGGAGAAAUCGAGGAAACCAUCAUCGAAAGCGUUGGUAAUGAUCACAGCACCUUGGAUGGGUAUUCCAGAAGAACUACACUGUCUUCAAAACUGUAUCAUACGAAAGGACAAGAAGGUUCCAUCUGUCUCCGAUCAUCGGACUGUGCCACGGGGCUGUGUUGUGCCAGACACUUCUGGUCCAAGAUCUGUAAACCUGUCCUCAAAGAAGGUCAAGUGUGCACCAAGCACAGGAGAAAAGGCUCCCAUGGGCUGGAGAUAUUUCAGCGUUGCUACUGUGGAGACGGUCUGUCUUGUCGGAUACAGAAAGAUCACCAGCAAGCCAGUAAUUCUUCCAGGCUUCACACCUGCCAGAGACACUGAGCCAGCCAGCCAGGCACAGCGGACUCCUUUUCUGACUUUUGUCAGCUCAGUUCUAAAGGAUGUACAGAGUCCAUGGUUAUGAAUAAGCAUUCCAAUAAUAACUUCUGAAAACCUGGAGUGUAAGAGCUUUGUUUCUUUAUGGAACUCCCAUCACUGAUUGCAGUAAAUUACUGUGUUGUAAAUGCUCAGUGUAGCACUUGCCUGUAAAUUCGACAAAACUUAAUUAUUUUUCUAAAGGUGCUGCAUUGUCUAAUUUCUCUUAUGUAAAUGUUUGUACACAUUGAUUAUAAUCUUGACUCUAAUAUUCUAUAUUGAAUUGAAAUAAAUAAUUUCAGCUUCUACUUCUUAAAUGUAUAACCCUUUCCCUUUUAAUUCUAGACUUUAGAAUGCAAGCAGCUUUUGGAAUGACCAACAAUAGGUAUCUAAACUUAAUCAUGGAAAUAAUAGCUUAUUUUCUGAAAUGUACUAUC